GGGGGCGGCAGCGCCACACUCGUUCGCAACAUGGCGUUGAAGCGCCGAGAGACUCGACGGCUCUGUCCCGACUGACGCGCAGCCCUCUCGGCAGGGGAAGCCGAGGAGGACCGCUGGUGAGCACGGAGCCAAACUCCUUUACGCACGAGACAAAAGCGGAUUCCAGCGUGUGCAGGUCGAUGUAACGGUGUAGCUGUCGGUACGGACGCACGCUUCUACGCCACCGGAGGAAAGCAGGGGCUGUACAUGGCGGUGGAGACAGUUUGGCUGCUCUGUCUUCUGUCGCUGGUUUGCGCUUCAUCAAAGGAAGAAAAGUUCAUUUCUGUGGAGCUGAGCUGCGGCGCCGGGCCUAGCCAUGUAGUUCUGGAGCCAGGUUCGCCUCUCUUGCUGGACUGCAGCCUGGGUACCAGCAGCGCACCCUUCAAUGUCACCUGGUUCAAGGAUGGUCACCUGCUGGGCCUGGAGGAAAGUGAGUUCUUGCAGCAUCUGGACAACGGAUCUGUCGUCCUGCUGCCCACCCCCACGGAGAGCCGGCCUCCCCAGAGUGUGGAGGGGAGCUACAGCUGUGUCAGCGCCAGCGCCAUCGGAGCGCUGACCAGCAGGACUGUGAAUGUGCUGCUAGCAAGUCUGUCCAGGUUUCAUCAGCAGCCAUCAUCACUAACAGUGCCGUCUGGGGGAGCUGCUCGCUUUCACUGCCGCAUCGAAGGAGCGCCCACGCCCGUUAUAACCUGGGAGAAGGACGGCGAGGCAAUCCCCAACAACACAAGGCAACAGCUCUCUUUAUUCAUCUCCCUUCCUAACGGGGUCCUCCAGAUCCUGGAGGUGACCAAGGAGGAUGAAGGCUUCUACCGCUGUGCUGCAUCCAACUCUGCCAGGAAGGACUUCAGUGAUGAAGCCAGACUCAAUGUCACCACAGGCACCACGCAUGCAUUGAACCCAGUAGUCAUUGUUGCACCGCCUCAGAACACCACAGUCCUGCUUGGUCACCUCGCUGUGAUGGAGUGUAUGGCACAAGGUCACCCAAAACCUCUAGUGUCCUGGAGCAGACAAGAUGGAAAACCCAUUUCCACCGAUGUGAUGGUCCUGGCAACAAACUUGGUGAUCAGGGACACUCGGCGCCACCAUGGUGGUGUCUACGUCUGCAGAGCUAACAAACCCAGGACCAGAGAGUUUGUCUUUGCUGCUGCGGAGCUCCAUGUUCCGGCCCCUCCAGUGAUUGUUCAGCCCCCAGAGGCCAUGUCACUCUCCAGAGGCAACACGGCACGGUUCCUGUGUAACAGUUCUGGAGAGCCUCUGCCCCUGCUGCACUGGCUGAAGAACGGUCAGCCCGUCAAGCCUUUCAGACGGUUGAAGAUGCAAAGUCCUGGAGUCCUGCUCAUCAAUCAGCUGGCUCUGGAGGAUGCAGGCUACUAUCAGUGCAUAGCUGACAACGGGCUCGGUACAGCCUGUGCCACUGCCAAGCUGACGGUCAUCGUGCGAGAGGGCCUGCCCAGCCGUCCUCGGCACCUGUCUGCUACCCCGUACUCCAGCACCACUGCCCUGCUCGCCUGGGAGAAACCCGAGUAUAACUCCGACCAAGUCAUUGCCUAUUCUGUGCACUGCCAACACCUUUCAGGCAAUGACAACGUGGAGGAUCGCUUUGCGAUGAACAACGACACCACAAAGUAUCUUGUCAAGGAGCUUUUUCCUCACACUGCCUACACUUUCUUUGUGGUGGCUUAUUCUCCCAUGGGAGCCAGUCCCCCAUCACUGCCUGUCACUGUGGAGAUGCUGGAGGAUGUGCCAAGUGCCCCUCCUCAGCUGUCUGUGGCGAGCACGUCCCCCACCGACAUCAGGCUGACGUGGCAUCCGCCGUCCUCGCAGCAAAGCCGAGGAGCCCUGACCCGCUACCGCGUUGAUUAUGGUGCUCUGGAUCAAAGUGCUGUGGUCUCAGUGGAGGUUAGAGGGAAUGAGACCAGCUUCACCCUGAGAGGGCUGCAGCCGAACCAGAUGUACCGUCUGAGGAUAGCAGCAGGAACCGGCGUCGGCUUCGGCAUUCCCUCUGAGUGGGUUCAGCACCAAACUUUAGCCCGCUACAACGACAGCGACCGCAGCAUGGUGAUUUUUGCUCCAACGGAGCUGAAGGUCAGACCCAGAGAGAAUAUGAUCAAUGUGACGUGGCAGCCAUCACCAAAUCAUGCCCUGAUUUCUGGCUACAAGCUGUCCUACCAAGAGGCAGAGGCCGACGAGUCCUUUGAUGGAAAAAGGUCCCAGUAUGCCCACACCAUCAGGCUACGGAAGAAGGCUAGGCAUCAUUUGCUCACCGGUCUGGCUCCUGACCGACAGUAUGAGGUGAGAGUUUGGGCAUUCAACAAGCAGGUGGACGGGGCAGCUGCCGUGUGGAAGGGAAGGACGGACAAGGCUACUAAAUUGCCUCCAACAGUCGGUCACCCUCCUCCGAUCCCCCCGAGCACCAUCCAAGCCACAUCCAACAGCUCCACAUCCAUCUGGCUCCGCUGGGAGAAACCGCGGUUCAGCAACAUACGCAUCAUCAACUACACGGUGCGCUGCAGCCCGUCGGGAACCACCAACGCAUCCCUUGUCACCUAUCACACCAGUUCUGCUCUGGAGAUCCUGCUUGGAGGACUGAAGCCUUUCACUCGCUAUGAGCUGGCGGUUCAGUCUAAUGGGGUGGAUGCUGCGGGACCUUUCAGUGGAACCGUGGAGGAGCCCACUCUGCCUGACCGGCCCUCCACACCACCCGAGGAACUGCAGCUGAGUACGCUGGACCCAUCUUCUGUGCUGGUGAGCUGGCGCCCUCCACUGGAACCCAAUGGUAUCAUCGUCAGCUACAGGAUUUUGUACAGCAUCAAGCUCAGUGAGCCGGAGCACUUAUGGAAAAAUCUCUCAGAGGAUGGUGGUGUUAGGAGCGUGGCGGUCCGUGGUUUGUCCAGUGGGACUCGUUACUUCUUUAAACUGGGAGCUUCUACAGAAGUUGGGCCUGGACCCUUUUCACCUGUAAAAGACGUUCAAACUCCUCUGCCCAAAUAUGAACUGGACAUCCAGGCGGUCACGGGCAUCAUCUUUGGUGUGUGCUUGGGGCUGAUAUGCAUCCUUCUCUGCAUGUGCUACAGUUUCCGUAGUAACAAGAGCAGGGAGGCGUCUGUGGGUCUGAGCUCCACAGCGGCUGCAUACAGGAAAGGUGGCUUCCCCGUUCCCGCCGAUGUGCCAGACGGUGGUGAUAGUCACGAGCUGGAGACGCUGGUGCCUCCGGGAAGCCACGGCUCAGGUCAGCAGGCAGCAGAGGACGCAGAGGCCCAGAGUCUGAUGGCGAGCACCUCUCUGGGGGAGGGGGAGGACACCCCUGCACCUGAACCCAAGCAGGUUGUCUGGAACGGCUCAGUAAGUCACAACUGGGUCAACAGGAUCACGACCUACAGAGACACCAUAACAGAAGAUUCACCAGCGAUGACUAACGGCGCUCUAAAGACGGGUUUCACUGCCAACGGCACGGGACUCGGCGACGGGCAGGGCGCUUCACUGUGCAGUAACCACAGCAACCAGGUGGAGGCGGAAGUCAUCGUUCACUCUGGGCUGUCUGACCCUGGCAGGGAGAAGGAGGAGGAUGACAGCACCAGAGGACCCUCGCUUUCCCAGGAUGUUUAUUCCCCCUCGAGUCAGCCGAGUUCACCAGGACAGGUGGAGUCAAACGGAAAACUUCAGCUGGCUGAAAGUCCCUCGAGUCUUCCUUUGAAAAGAUUUGUGGCGAAUCACAACGGGCUGCUAGAACGCACGGGGCACACGCUGUGUGCAGACGUAGAGCUGCAGCGGGACACGGGGUUAACCAACGGCCUCCGCUCCUCUACGACAGUGGGGCCUACUCUGAGGUCAGAGCAGACGGAAAAUGGAGACUCCAGACUCCGCCCAUCUGCAGUAGGGAAGGUCAUCUCUGCAGGACUAUCGCCUGCACCCUUUGUUAGCUCCGGCUUUGUGCACUCUACCUCAGCGGCACACACAUAUCUGUGUCCGUAGCGUCUGCAUCGUGGCCACGCAUCAGCGAACUUCCAGCCUGGAUUAUGUUACACCCAGGAAGAAUCCACAGCAAGUCCCACGUGGCAUGUGUGAUCCUGUUUGUGUUUUUGUGGAGAACAGUUCAGGGGUUCCCCGUCUGCACAGCUGCUCUGUCAUAAAGGGCAGAUGGAUGUGAGUUGGAGAAGGCUGCUUCUCCGUGUCCAAUCAGGAAUGAGAGAAACCCAGGAAGUGAGCGAGCCGCUGAGCAGGCAGCGUCGGGAGGGUCUGACGCUUCAGCACGUGGAUGCUUCAGUAUUGUGGCGUUGAGGAAUACGCCUCAGCACACGCGCACGCUGUGAGAGUGUUUGUCUCUCCAGCAUCCUGCAGUCUCAGGGUCCAAAUGCUCACACACACGGAAACCUUCUCACAGGCGUCACAGCCGUUUCCAGAUGUGCAUAAACUCAUGUUUACACCAUGUUUAGGAGUGUAAAGAGUCUCAGGUGCCUAAUUCUUCUAGGUGCAUUCAUGACGCGUCUUUUUUACUGAGGAUCAUAUCAGCACAAACAUGUCUGCGUGCUACUUUUGAAAUAAAUGUGCAGAUUUGGUUCA